CAAUUCACUAAAGAACAUGAAGACACGAGGAUGUAUCUGUAAAAUUAAAAAUUUUCAAAACUAAAGUUAUUAUUAAAUAAAAAUUAUUCAAAUAAAUUUUUUUUAUAUAAUUUAAAAAUGGUUUCUUAAUUCAAAAAAAAAAAAAAAAAAAAUUCAAAAGAAACAAAAAAUGGAAUUAUUGUGGAUUUUUUACGGUGUAAUUGCCCUUUUUACUUUAAUUAUUAUAAUCGUUUAUUUUUAUCUAACUCGAAAUUUUGGAUAUUGGAAAAAAAGAGGUGUAAAAGAAAUUUCACCAACACCUUUCGUUGGAAAUUGUGGAAAAUAUUUUAAAUUUAAAAAAUCACUUGGUGCAUUGUUUAAAAAUUUUUAUGAUGAAAAUCCAAAUUCACCCUAUGUGGGAAUUUACAUAAUUGAUGAACCUUGUCUAUUAAUUCGUGAUCCAGAACUUAUUAAACGAAUAUUUAUUAGAGAUUUUAAUUUUUUUACUGAUAAAUUAAUGCGAUCGUACAAAAAUGAUAUGAGCAAUAAAUCAUUAUUUUUCAUUGACAAUCCACAUUGGAAAUAUUUAAGGCAGAAAUUUUCCAAUUUAUUUACGCCAAGUAAAAUGAAGAGUAAAUUUGAUAGUAUGUUGGAAAUUGGAAGAGAUCUUGAUGAUUAUUUGGAUAAACUUCAAUUGGAAGGUUCAGGUAAAGAAAUAGAUGUGAAAGAUGUUUCUGGUAAAUUUAUGACCGAUUUAAUUGGAUUUAUUUUAUUUGGAUUAAAAUGUAAUAGUCUAAAAGAUCCCGAGGCUGAAUUGCGAAAAUUUGGAAAAGAAAUGUUUGGUACUUAUAGUUUUAAAAGAGCAAUUGAGAUAUCAAUUAUAUUUCUCGCACCUCAAUUUGCCGAUCUUUUUAGAUGUAAAUUUAUUUUUGGAAAUGCCAUUAAUUCUUUUAAAAAAAUUUUUCAAGAAGUUUUGGAUCAACGAAAAAAUUUGAAAAUAAAAGGAAACGAUUUUUUGGAUGUGAUUAUACAACUUCGUGAUAAUAAAAUUAGUCCCAAUGGUUUUGAAUUGGAAGGUGAUAAUUUAUUAUCACAAGCAGUAGUAUUUUUUGCAGCUGGUUAUGAGCCAUCAUCGUCAGUUAUGGGAUUUUGUUUAUUUGAAUUGGCGAAACAUCGGGAAAUACAAAACAAAUUAAGAAAUCAAAUCAAUAAUGCAAUUGUGAAAAAUAAUGGAAAAAUAACAUAUGAAAUGUUAACUGAAAUGCAAUAUUUGGAUAUGAUUCUUUCGGAAACAUUGCGAAAAUAUCCCACAAUGCCAAUUAUAGAUCGAAAAGCGACAAGUGAUUAUAAAAUUGAAGAAACUGGACUAGUGAUAAAAAAAGGAACGGCAAUUUUAGUACCAUUACUUGGUCUUCAUUAUGAUCCACAAUAUUUUCCCGAUCCAGAAAAAUUUGAUCCUGAGAGAUUUUCAAGUGAUAAUAAAUUAAGAAAUCCUUAUGUUAAUAUGCCUUUUGGACUUGGUUCACGCGGCUGUAUUGCAUCGCGCCUUGCUCUUUUGCAAGUGAAACUUGGUUUAAUUAUUAUUAUCUCGAGAUUUGAGAUGUCAUUAUUAAAGAAGACAUCUAUUGAAUUUGAUAAAUUGUCAGCUCUCAGUUCUUCCAAAGGUGGCUUAUUUUUAAAUAUUCGGAAAAUAGAACAAAACAAUAUUAUUAAAUUUGAAUAAUUAUACGAAGACAUUAUUUAUUCUACGUUAAUUCAACAAUUAUAUAAAAAUUUAUCUUCUUAUAAAGAAUAAUUUCCUUUAUAGAUUUAAUAAUUAAUUGAAAAUUUAUUUUGCCAAUUUACAACUUUUUAGAAAUAAUUUUCAAAUAUUUGAAAUUUUUUCAAUAUAGUGGCAAGUUUUUUUUUUUUUUUUUUUUUUAAUAUAAUUUGC